GAGGCCAGAAUGGGCUGGUCCCAGGAGCCUGGGCUCCCCAGCUCAUCCUACUUGGGAGAUACGGGAGCAGUGCCUUGAGGGGCUCAGGGUGGGGCUGCCUGGGAAAGAGUGCAGAGCAGGGAGAACCCCUUCUAUUCCCUCUCAUGUGUCUACCCCCAACCCAAUGUGUCAUCUACCUCUAUCCCCCACCUCUGUUUCUCCACCCUAUCUGUCCUUCCUAACCUCUACAUCCCCUAACUUGUGUCUUGAUCCUCCUCUAUAACCCCACCCCGUCAACUCUUAUUCCCUAUCUUGGCACCUUCUUGUUUGUCCCACAAACCUUUCUGAUUGGGCCGUCCAUCCGUCCUUGUCUGCUCAUAUCUUAUUCUUCCCCCUCUAUUUCAGUCUUACCACUCAGCUUCAUCUGUCCCCCCCCAGUCUUUCCCAUUCCGUCUCUGUACCUACCAUCUGCUUCUUUUGUAUGUCUCUCUGAACCUGCUCCCUCUACCCUUUCCUCCCAGUCCUUCUUGGAAUACCUGGAGUCAGAUUCAGGCCAAAGGUCACUCCCUAUGCCACCCUGCCAGGGGAUGAGGCAAACCUGCCACAGUCUUUGGUGUUCAAGGGCCCUGAAUAUGCAUAGAGGUGGUGGGAAGAAUGGAUAAUGUAAUUGGGUGGGGCUUGGGACUAGGUGGGAGGUAGUGUGGAGAGAUGAAGACGAAGGAGAUAGGAAAAGUUGGGGGGGAGUACUAUGCAAGAAGGGAUGGAGAAUUGGGGGGAUACAGGGAUGAUGGAGUAUGGGGGGAUGAAGAAUAAGACAUUGGAUGGGGACAGCAAAGGGCUAUUUGCUGUCAUCCUCCCUUUCCCUCUCCUUUUUUCUCCUCUUGCUCAGACAUCCACUGCCACCUGACAUGUCCCCUUGCCCGUUGUACAACCUCAGCUGGCAAGGGGAGAACUCAACAUGCCUAGAGACCAACAGCUCAGAAGUCCACCCAGCCUCAUCCCCAGCGAUGCCCAUUUUCUCCAUGACACUGGGCGCUGUUUCUAAUAUCCUGGCUUUGGUCAUUCUUGCCCGGGCCUUUAUCAGAUUCCGCCGUCGCCGUACUCGGGCCCCCUUCCUGCUCUUUGCCACAGUUUUAGUGGCCACAGACUUUGUUGGCCAUGUGAUCCCAGGGGCCCUGGUCCUGCGGCUCUAUGCCACAGAUCUGGCUCCUGCUGGCCCUGCCUGCCAAUUCAUGGGGGCCUGUAUGGUCUUUUUUGGCCUGUGCCCACUGUUGCUGGGCUGUGGGAUGGCAGUUGAGCGUUGCAUAGGAGUGACCCAACCCCUGCUCCAUGCCAGUCUGGUCUCAGCUGCCCGGGCCCGCCUGACACUUGGGAUACUUUGGGGCAUUGCCUUAGGCAUUGCUCUCCUGCCCCUGCUGCAUGUGGGGCGCUAUGAGCUGCAGUAUCCAGGAACUUGGUGCUUCAUAGGACUGGCCCAGCCAAGGGGCUGGGGUGAGGCCAUCCUGGCAAUGCUCUUCUCUGGUCUUGGUCUGGCCUCUCUACUGACUGCCCUGGUGUGCAACAUGCUCAGCGGACUAUCACUAGUCCGAGCACGUUGGCGGCGGCGCCAGGGGAGCAGCCGCAGGGUGGCCCGUGGUGGAGGUGGUGGCUCCGUGUCCUCUUCAGCAUCAUCUUCCUUGUCCUCUUAUUCCUCCCCUGUCCCACGCCGAGCUCGGGCCUAUGACGUGGAGAUGGUUGGCCAGCUGGUGGGCAUCAUGGUGGUAUCCUGCAUCUGCUGGAGCCCUUUACUGGUGUUGGUGGUGCUUGCUGUGGGAGGCUGGAGCUUAGACUCCUUAGAGCACCUGCUCUUCCUAGCAGUUCGUUUGGCCUCCUGGAAUCAGAUCUUGGACCCCUGGGUCUACAUCCUGCUGCGUCAAGCUGUGCUGCGCCAGCUACUACGCCUCUUCCCGCCCUGGCAUGAGGCCAAGGGUCUGCCCAGGGGAGCCUGGGAUGCUAGCUCCUUGCGCACCUCUCAGCACAGCACCAUUGGCCGCAUCUAGUUGUCUUCUGUAUGGGCCAAGGUCAUUGGCCAGGCUGGAUUGUGCAAGGCAAGACUGAGAAAGAUAGAGCUGUGGAUACCGGAGGUUUCAACCAAGGGAAGGCCUGAAGGAGGUGGAGAGACGGGGUGGGGUGGGGGGAACAGGGAACCUUGAAGAGUGUUCAGCUAUUAAACUGCCCAGAUGUGAGGAGGGAGAUAUAGGAAGAGGACAAGAGAACAGCAAACAAGAGCCCUGGGGGAAUAACUCCAACUUUGGCCUCGGGCUGACCUGGGGCUUUCGGGGCACUGGCCAGGAGGGAGAUGGGGUAGGGGUAGUCCGCAGGGCGGAGCC